GAUUUUUCGUAUCGUCAAUUGUUUUUUUUUUGUCUUUCAUGAAGAAGUUUUAUUUGAAAAUAUUUUGUACAUAUUUUGAUGUUAAUUGUGAAUAUUAUAAAAUAGAAAAUUCAUUUAUUGUGAACAGUUUUAAAAAAUAAAAAUUAUAAAAAGGACCAAUAUGGCUUUAUCACCAAAACUUAUACUUGAUAUAAGCCAAUCACAAAUUGAAAAUUUGUCAUUGAGUUGUAAGAUGAUAAAAGUGGAAAAUUGUAGUGAUAACGAUAGUAAUAAUAAUAGUCCGACUAAUGGUCAUUUUAAAGAGGAUAUGAAGUAUACGGAUUUGGAUUUGUCGGUGCCUUCAACGGUUAGCUUUUACGAGCAAACAUCUGCAACAUCCGGUAAUAAUAAUAAUAAUACAAGAAAAAGGCGUAUGGGAAGAGAAUCUUCUACAAUAGAUUCUUCGCAAAACUACCAGUCAAGUCCGAUAGUUGAAUCGGAGUGCAAGCGUUUUCGAUUUGAUCCUGAGAAUUAUGAAUCAACGGUUCCAACAACGAUAUAUAAAUAUUGUAAUAAUAAUAACAACAACGAAGAUUCUUAUUAUCAGCAAAACGUCCCUCAUGAUAUGAAAUAUUCAUACGUAAAUGAGAAUUCGGAAUCACCAGCAUCUUACUAUUUUCAAGAUCAUCAUAACGCCAUACCACCCAACAAUUAUUAUUAUAUGCAAAAUAAUCAAUUGCCUGAGCAAGUCCAACAAUAUAAUAACGCACAAUCGAAUUUAACUGUUGAUCCCCCACAAAGUUCAAAUGAAAAACGACUGAAGAUCGUUAAAGAAAAGUUGAACAAGAUCAAAACUAAGAAGUUGAAGCUGCCAAAACCAUCACCAAUUAAAGGAGAAUCGGAAUCUACAAAAGUUUUACGAAGCAUGGCUAAUGUGAGGGAACGUCAGCGAACCCAAAGCCUCAAUGAAGCAUUUAGCGCCCUAAGAAAAAUCAUUCCAACACUUCCAAGCGAUAAGCUAAGCAAAAUUCAAACUCUAAAACUUGCGUCGAGCUACAUCGAUUUUUUGUAUGGUCUUCUGGCAGGAAAUGAUUUGCAUUUGGAUGAUAAAUCGUCGAUGUCAUCUGCUUCAAGUUCGCCUGCACAAUGUUCACAAUUUCAAAAUGGCAGUUCAGGGAGUCCUAUUGUUCCCAAUGAGAAGUUGAGUUACAUGUUCAAUGUAUGGCGAAUGGAAGGCGAAUGGAACAGCUCGGCAGUUGGCAAGCUGGAGUAAAAAGAAAAAUGAAAAUACUUCAAAUAAUUCCUGGAAAUACUUCAUUAGAUACUAGAACGUAUUCGAAAAAUGUAAAGUGAUUAAAACUAUUGUUGUUUUUAAUAAAAUCAAAAAGAAAAAAAAUUAAAAAAUUUCCAUAAUAUCUUGAAAAAUGCAAUCAUUGUUCAACUAAAAGCCAAAGAAAAAUGAGUAAGAAUAAAAUGUUAUGAAAACCUCUAAAA